AAGCUGUUUGGGCAGCAUUUGAGGCGAGCGAAUGAGUGCAGGCAGAGGCACGCUCGUGUUUGGAGCUAUUCAGACGGACAUUCACAGCGCUCAAGCCGCUCACGGACUUGUCAGGUGGUUUUUACGUUUCUUUAACGCUUUUUAGUUUGAGACCAAACGGGAUUUUAAACCAACUCUACCAAAUGAACACUACAGUGAAGAAGAACACCGCGCUCAGGUGUUCAGAGAGAUAAGGACUAUACUUCACUAUACCUGCAGGACCUGGGACAUAAAAAGACAAACAUUUACAAAAAACAGACGUUUACUGGAUUCACUCAGUGAGUUCAGGCUCAAGGUUCUUUUUGGACUGUUUUGGAGCGAGCAGUGACCUCUGCACCUGUCUUCAACGCAUGCACCAUGCUCUUGGACAGUCUAUGGCCAGUCCAGGUUCUCCUGGUUCUGUCUGUCCUAACGUUGGUCUUGGGCAAUGAACCUCAAAAUGCCCCGCGGGUCUUCUUGUCCUUCAAAGAUCUGAGGUCUACAGGUACAGCCCAUUACUUCUCUUUCCUGCUCAACACAUCUGACUAUCGCAUCUUGCGCAUGGAUGAGGAUCACGACCGCAUGUAUGUGGGCAGCAAAGAUUACAUCCUGUCUCUGGAUCUCCACGACAUCAACCGAGAGCCACUCAUAAUACACUGGCCUGUUUCCCCGCAGAGGAAGACUGAGUGUGUUUUAAGUGGCAAAGACACAAACGGCGAGUGUGGUAAUUUCAUCCGUCUGAUCGAGCCAUGGAACAGGACGCACUUAUAUAUUUGUGGGACGGGCGCCUACAACCCCGUGUGCACUUAUGUGAACAGAGGACGCAAGCCUAUGACGGCCAUGCAUCUGCAGAUGCCCCAGACCAGAGGCAGAGCUAGUCGUGCAGCUGAGCCUGAAACAGUGUUUGAUGAGACAGGACUGCAGGAAUACGUGUUCCAUUUGGAGCCCGGCAAGGAAGAUUCUGGGAAGGGAAAGUGCCCGUAUGAUCCAAAACUGAACAGCGUCUCUGCUUUGAUUAAUGGAGAACUGUAUGCAGGGGUGUAUAUUGACUUCAUGGGAACAGACUCUGCUAUUUUCCGCACUUUGGGGAAAAACGCAGUCAUGCGUACCGACCAAUACAACUCAAGAUGGCUGAAUGACCCAUCAUUUGUCCAUGUGCACCUCAUUCCUGACAGCGGUGAGAAAAACGAUGACAAACUCUACUUUUUCUUUCGUGAAAAGUCUUCUGAAAUGGGCCAGAGCCCGAAAUCACAAUCCCGCAUCGGCCGCAUCUGCCUGAACGAUGACGGUGGUCACUGCUGCUUGGUCAACAAGUGGAGCACCUUCCUGAAAGCCCGUCUCAUCUGCUCAGUCCCAGGAGCUGACGGGAUUGAAACGCACUUCGAUGAGCUCAGAGAUGUGUACAUACAGCCCACGCAGGACACUAAAAACCCAGUCAUCUACGGGGUCUUCUCUGUGUCCGGCUCUGUAUUCAAGGGCUCGGCGGUCUGCGUCUACUCCAUGGCGGACAUUCGGAUGGUGUUCAAUGGACCUUUUGCCCACAAAGAAGGUCCCAAUUACCAGUGGGUGGCCUACACUGGGAAAAUCCCCUACCCCCGUCCGGGAACAUGUCCUGGUGGGACUUUCACCCCGAACAUGAAGUCCACUAAGGACUACCCAGACGAGGUCAUCAACUUCAUGCGGAAUCAUCCCACCAUGUAUAACUCCGUGUAUCCAGUGCACAAGCGCCCCCUGGUGGUCAGGACUAACGUGGACUAUGAGUUCACAACCAUCACUGUGGAUCAGGUCACAGCGGCCGACGGAAACUAUGAGGUGCUCUUCCUGGGAACAGACAGAGGAACAGUGCAGAAGGUGAUCGUCCUACCCAGUGAUGACCUGCAGACAGAGGAGCUUGUGCUGGAGGAAGUGGAGGUCUUUAAGGUCCCUACUUCUAUCACAACAAUGAAGAUUUCUUCAAAACGGCAACAACUGUAUGUGGCCUCUGCGGUGGGAGUGACGCAUAUGGCUCUGCACCGCUGUGAUGUCUACGGCGAGGCCUGUGCUGACUGCUGUUUGGCCCGGGACCCCUAUUGUGCAUGGGACGGCAAAUCCUGCUCUAGAUACUCAGCCUCGCAGAAGAGGCUUCCUUUUAGACGCAGCCGUCGACAAGACGUGAAAUACGGGAACCCCAUACGCCAGUGCAGAGGAUACAAUUCCAACAUUAAUAAGAACACACUGGAGACAGUGCAGUAUGGGGUGGAGGGCAGCAGCACCUUUCUGGAGUGCCAGGCCAGAUCACCACACGCUGCCAUCAAGUGGCACCUUCACAGAGACAACAGCGACCGGAGGAGAGAAGUCCGCAGUGAUGGCCGUGUGCUGAAGACGGAUCAAGGUUUGCUUCUGCGCUCUCUCCAGUCCUCAGACUCCGGCAUCUACAUCUGCACGGCCACAGAGAAGAACUUCAAGCACACGCUGGUCAAACUGCAGCUGCUCGUCCUGACCAAUCAGGCCGUCAACAACAUUCUGGUGGACACGGGACGUCCGGUCGUCUCUCCGCUCCAGUCCAGCGCCUGGACCCCCAGUGCCGGGCAAUACAAAGACCUGCUGACCAUCCUCAGCCAGCCCGAGAUGGGCCUCAUAAACCAGUACUGCCAGGACUAUUGGCAGUAUGGAGACCCUCUGACCGGGGUCAUCAAGGCCAAAGACCUCAAAGAGCUCAAGGAGCAGAAGAAACCACGAAAUCGCAGACAUCACGGGGACGAGGAGGAGACAUGAGAGAAAAAUAAAACACAAAUUAAACGAGAAAAACUUCCAUCAAGUGAACUUCAGAAGGGAAGACAUGUCCUUUUAACACAUAAAGAUGAUAUCAUACACAGUAUUUAUUGUAGGUUGUAUAUAGUACCAUUCUGUGGAUUUCUUUGUACUUAAAUAGAAAAAUGAAUGCUCUUUUGUGUAUAAGUACCUAAUGGGCGAAUAUUAUUGUAAUAUUAUUUUUCAAUUUCCAUCUUCCGGGCAUUUGACGACUCGUGUAUAUCGACAUGAACUCACAGACUAUUGAACUACUCUGAGAAUGGAAAGAGCGGACGGGGAGAAAUCUUCCCUCUUGGACUCUUCAUGCGGAAAAUAGGCGGGGCAUGCGGCGGUGACAUCAUAAUGCUCUUCACCACUAGUCCCACCCCCUAAGUGCAUUCUGGUCCCUCAUUGGUUACAAUGAAACACCAGCUCAUAUUGUCUUCCUAAUGUCCGUCUACAUGCACACAAAACAUCGGUUCUCAUUGCACAAAUGUUUCAAGUAAUCAUGGCACAACUUUUAUUUGUGACUGGACAAGUUUUGACUAAUGUACAACAGCCGCUGAGGGCUCUUAGUAUGCUUUUAUUGUUUUUUUAUGCCACUUUUGAAAAGACUACAAGAACAAACCAACUUGCAUCAUGAUGAUGAUGUCUUGAAUCCACAUAGAGGAAAGAAUGUCCAGAUCAUAUUUCAAGAUUUCAUUCAUUUGAACCGUUUUGAUAUACAGUAAGCAGAUGUUAAUGCUUUAUUUUACGGUAUUAUUGACCUUUUUGAGGCAUGUAAACAAAAACAAUGGUCCCAACGUAUUUCCUGUUUUACAUUUUUAUUUUUUAUAGCUUCCGAGAAUCCAAAAAGAGCCACAUAUUGAUAAAUAAUGUUGUGAUAGCUGUUUUAACAUUAGGUUAUGAUUGAAUUGCCUUUUGUUACAGAUAUGAAAUAGUUUAAUAACAAGCAGGAAAUGUUCAUGGGCCAAUGACAUCACCACGUUAAAAUGGUCUGUACUAUGUUUUAGAUAUUUUGCCCCAUAUUUUAUAGGAUUGUAUUACAUUAAAAUCAGUAUAAUUAUUAAGUUUGAAUUACCAUAAACCCAAGUAAAUACUAAUAUUUUAAUUACUUCAAAAUAUUAGUAUUCUUAAAUUCUUCACAAUGUUCAUUUAACCAAGAAUGGGAUUUUAUAGACAGUUAAGCCAUUAUUGAUAUAAUUUUCAUAAGCAUAUCCCCGCUAUUUUACUGUUACAAUACAUUUAGUAAAGUUUUUUUAUUUGCAUGAAGAACAAAUACUAACAAUAUUUAUAUAUUUUUUUCCAAAUGGAUUUACAAAUCUUAUCAUGGUAGUCAUAAUUAGGUUUAAAGAUAAUUACUAUUAAAAUUACAGUCAAAAAGGCUUCCUUUGUAAUAUAUAUGAGCAAUAUCACAUGAGAAAUGCCAUCAGAUUUCCCUUUCGCAAUCGGAAGAUUACUAUAUUUGAAGCUGCGGUCACACCAGAGUGUGAAUCUGCGAAAAGAGACAGGAUUAAACAAGAUGAUUAGACAUUUAAAAAGCGAGCCAUUGCUCCAUGUUUUAAAUUUCUGUCCAGAGAUGUCAUGUUUUGAUCCUCGAUUGGUCUCACGCAGUAAAGUGAUGUAAUUUCGCAGGUCAGAGAGCAACGAAGCAACCUGCGAAACUUGACGCAUGACCCUGCGUUUCCGGUGUGACGCAUUCGCGGUUUUAAGACUUUGAGUCCCAUCUUACACUCAACAAACUACAAUUACUAUUGUAUAAAUACAGCACUACAACAAACCAUACAAUUUUAUAAUGAUUUGAUCAGCUGUAGUUUAAAAUUAUGCUGGGUUUUUUCUCUCCUGUAAGGGCCUAUUAUGCAGUCUCUGUCGCCAUCUUGUGGAUGGGCAAUGUCAACCGUCUUUGGUCUGUUCAAUGACAGGCUAAUGGUCUCUCAGAAGUUAUAAAUAUUUAAAAAUAGGCACUAACCUUAUAAAUAAACUACAUAGUUGCAAUCUAAACAACUACAUUCUCGACUAAAAAUGCUUCAAAAGUACAUUAUGUUCUCCAACAGCAGCAAUAACUGUAGAGUGUCCUCUGCUUGUUGCUGUAUGUGGGAGGAGUACUACACAAGGGUGUAAAGGUAAAGAGCCUGGACAAGUGCUGUUACUUGCAGGUUAUUGUGUGGCUAUCAGAUUCAAGAAUCAGACAGAACUGUUGUAUAGAUACUUUUGCUUCAUUCAUUCAUUUUCCUUCAGCUAAGUUUCUUAUUUAUCAGGGGUUGCCACAGCGGAAUGAACCGCCAACUAUUCAGGCAUAUCAUUUACACAGCGGAUGCCCUUCCAGCCGCAACCCAGUUCUGGGAAUACUUUAACUUUUGGGAUGAAAUAUGAUCUGGACAGCUUUUAUGAAAUUCAGUCAACGAUGGCACAUAAGUUAAAUACAACUUUAGAUAAACUGGUGAAGGCUACAAUAUAAUAUGAGACGGAUCCACAUUCAUCUUCGAAACGUGUUCACACUGUAUAGAGCAUUUUAUCACGGUUUUAAACUACUCAAGGUCUGGGGAAGCUGGCUUUUCAUUGUGUGCAUGAUUUAUGUAGUGGUAUCGUAAUUACGAAAUUAAAGAUAGCUACGUUGCAGUUCUGUUCCUAUAUCUUAUGAAAAGGUCAGUGUUGGGCAGUGUUUUUUCCUCCGAGUGGCUUAUUCAGGCAAAAUGAGGACAACUAUUCACCUUAAAGUGAUGAUGACGAACUGUUUUGUUCGACGGUUGAUGCUAUUUGAACAGUUUUCCCUGCACAACACACAAGCGGCCCCAAAACCAGUGUCUUGCAUCGAGAGGAAAUGGUUGUACAAUUUCUUGGUAUUUUUAAGAUGAGUCUUUAGAAAUGUUUGUGUUUUUAUUUUGUCAUCAGUUUGAGACUAAAUGCACAGGUGAUGUUACUGUGAUAAUUGUGUAAAUGAUUUUCCUUUUCCCCUCUUGCUGUUGCUAACUAAUAAAUUAAAGCUCUAUAUUUUAUAGUAA